GGCAAGUGAACAUGCUUGCUUUAGGCAUCUGUAAACUCUUCGAGCCGUCUCGUUGCCUUCGAAAGGUGGUGCGUCAGUGCCGAUUCUGUGCGAGUGACUGUGCUUCUCCGAGGGUGGUGUUGCGCCUGCGGCCUAGUGCGCAACGAGUGUUGUCGCACCCUCCGGGAGGACGCCACGCCUUGUGAACCUGGCGUCGAGGCUUCCUGACGUUAUCGCCCUGGUCUUCGGUUCAACGUAGUCCUGGCAGCACCCGGAACCUUACUGCAAGUCAAACGGUGACAGUCAGCGACAAGACCCAUCCGAACCAUGGCGCUGCCAGACUCUCGGGCCUGUUGGCCCGUGGCCAUCUCUGCGGCCAUCUACGUGUUCGUGGCAAUGAUGCUAAUCAAGUCCGAGUCUGUCAUCUACAUUGGCUUUAUGGACAUGCUGAAGGUUAACAGACAGGACGCCUCCUGGCCCCUUACCGUGGCUAUCAUCGUGUCCCAGUUGGCAGGCCCCGUGUACGGCAUUCUGGGCAUGUGGAUGUCCGAGCGUGCCAUGCUGGUGUGCGGCGCCCUGCUGUGCGCGCUGCCGGUGAUGAUCUGCUCGCUGGCCAACAGCCUCGCACUCGUCGUUUUGCUGUACGGCGUGAUUUACGGCCUUGGCGUGGCGUGUGAAGAAGUGCUCCCCUUCACCGUGGUGGCCCGCCAUUUCGUGAGGUAUCGGGGCACCGCCAUGAGCUUGCUCUUCGUCGUGACAGCGAUAUCAGGCUUCGUGUCCCCUCUCAUCACUGAGGCCUUGCGCCAGGCGCUUGAUUUCCGGGUCGCUCUCCUCGUGCUCGGGGCCCUGCAGCUCAACAUGCUGUUCGGCUGCAUCUUCGUCAACCGUGUGCCGCCGUCCAGAGAGCCCGACUGCGACCAGGAUGACGACCACAGCACGCAGCCCGUCACCAGCCGGAUGCGCAGGAGCAGCUUUCAGACUGCGUCGUUCGCGCACUCCUGCUCCAAGGACCUCGUCACUUCUUUUGCUACCUGCGCCGAACCAGCCCCUGGCGAUCAGCAGUCGGCCGAGUCGAAGCCUUUGCUUGCAAAGAAUCGUGGACCCUGCAGUCGACUCAAGCGCAAACUUCGGUCGCUGUUUACCGUAGCGUUCGCACACAUCAGUGCCUCCCGCGCUGUCUCCGUGCUCGUGCUGGCGUCGUUCCUGCUAACUGCCGUCGAUUUCGGCAAGGACAACGGGCUGGAGGGCUACGAGGCCGUCGCCCUCGUCACCGCUGUCGCGCUCGGUGACCUGGUGUCCCGCAUUGGCACGGGCCUCCUGCUGGAUUUCAAGUUGAUGAGCGCAGACUGCCUGAUGAUGUGGGGAUUCGGCGUCCAGGCCGCGGCCCUGGCCACCACUGCACUGGUCAAGCAGUACUGGCUCUUACUGGUCAGCUGCUUCAUAGUAGGCCUGUCCGGUGGCGGUCGCAUCUUCGCCAGCACCGUCAUGGUCUCCGAACGGGUCGACCAAGAUUCGCUGUCCCUCAGUCUUGGGGUCAUGAACUUCAUCGCAGGCGUCGUGUGCCUCGCGAGGCCACCGCUCAUCGGUUACGUGCGAGACAUGCUCGGUUGCUACGACCCGCUGUACAUUGCUUUCGCCAUCGCCAACGCCAUCUUCACAGUCACGUGGGCGGCCAGCCUGUCCUGGGAGACGCGCCGUCGCAGUAUUGACGAUAGACAAGGCGUCAUCCCGUCAGCGCAAGAAAGGCAACCUGUGGAAGACUGAGCGACAUCCAAAGGCGCCGAGAUUCGUUGUGAUAUAGGAAGUUUAUCUUGGUGGGUGCCACGACACUUGCCCGAGACUUCACAUUUAUGGUUUUAACUUAUUCUUAAGCUGUGUACACGGCCUGGUUUCUUUUAUUUCUUGCCUUUGCAACUUUUUUAGCUUGUAAUUUACGUAGGGACAACGUACUUGCUUUUUGUUUCUUCUAAUAUCACUUCCAAAAAGAAAAAAAAACGAAAAUUGUUUUUACGCUA